GUAUUUUACGCACCAGUGCAUUCGGCGGCAGCGCCACAUCUUGUCUGUUAAAUAUAGGUAUAGUUAGUCUGAAAAGUACUUCCUUCGGGUAGACAAAAUGAAGGAACUCCCCUUAAAAUUAAUAAUGUGGCGCUACUAUUGGAAUUUCUGCAGUGCCUAAAAGCAGACAGUACUUUUGUUACAUACAGUUUAUCAUACUAUCUCUGGAUCACUGUAUAAGCAACAUCCUUGUCCAUGUUGUAGCACGAGGGUGGUACGAGAGGAGUGUUUGUGGUGGUUGUUAUGUGUUGAGUUUGUUUGUAUAAAUUUUGUAUAAAGUCUCUAAAAGCUACAGAAAAUGAGUCGGUUUUUCGCGACCGGAGGUUCCGAUUCGGAGACGGAGAGUGCAUCAGAUGAUGAGCAGAUUCAGCGCCCAACUGCCACACAGUUUACGUUUAGUGAUGAAGAAGAAGAUACAAAACGAGUUGUCAGAUCUGCCAAGGAGAAAAGAUAUGAAGAGCUUACCAACAUAAUAAAGCAAAUAAGGAACUAUAAGAAAAUCAAGGAUAUGAGCAGCAUGCUGUCAAGUUUUGAAGAUCUGCAGCGAGCCCAUACGAAAGCUAUUCCUGUUAUAAAUAAGGAAGAAAAUGGACAGAAUCCACGUUUUUUUAUUCGUUGUCUUGUUGAAAUGGAAGAUUUCAUUAAUGAAAUGUGGGAAGAUCGUGAAGGAAGGAAAAACAUGUCAAAAAAUAACUCAAAAUCUCUGACAUCUCUUCGGCAAAAAUUACGAAAAUACAAUAAGGAAUUUGAAGAUGAUAUUUCCAAGUUCAGAGAGAAUCCAGAUCAGGAUGAUGAUGAAGAAGAAGAUGUUAAAGAAGAUGAAGGAGAUUCUGAAGAAGAUGAGAAGCCCUCGGCUACAUUUAAGAAAGCUGGGUCAGAAGGAAGCACUUUUGAUUCUAGCAAGUUCUUGAAGAAAUCUGGUGAUGAAGAUGAAGGAAGUGAUAGUUCCACUGACUGGGGCUCAAGUACCGAAUCUGAAUCAGAAAGUAGCGAUGAUGAUGAUAAGUAUAACGUGAAUCUCCGAGAACGCUUCUUGAAAAAAACUACAGACAAGGAGGAAGAGGAAAAGAAGGAACGCAAAGACAAAAAGGAACGAAAGGAGAAAGAGAGAACACGGAGGAAGGAAGAAGAAGAAGAUGCCGAAGGAGAAUGGGAAACUGUUAGAGGGGGUGUUGCAAUUCCUUCUGAGAAGCCAAAAAUGUUUGCAAAAGAUGCUGAAAUUGAUACAAAUUUAGUCCUUAAGAAGUUGAAUGAGAUAAUAGCAGCAAGAGGCAAAAAACGCACAGAUCGACGAGAACAAAUAGAACUUCUGCAUGAACUGCAUAGCAUAGCUCAAGUACACAACUUGGGACAUGCUGUAUAUGUCAAAAUAGAACUUGCUAUUGUAUCUGCAAUCUUUGAUUAUAAUCCGAAAGUUUCAGAUGCAAUGAAGCCAGAAUAUUGGGCAAAACUUCUGGAUAGCAUAGAGCUUUCAAUAGCCACUUUGCUAUCAUCACAGGACAUCAUUAUUGGAGAAGGCGUGCUCGAGGAAAAUGAGCAAUACGAUAAGCCUCCUUACCGAGUAAGAGGGUGUAUACUUACAGUAGUUGAGCGACUUGACGAAGAAUUCAUUAAAUUAUUGAAGGAGUGUGAUCCUCAUAGUAAUGAAUAUGUUGAGAGGUUAAAAGAUGAGAAAAGAGUGUCAAAUAUUAUUGACAAGGUACAAGAAUAUCUUGAAAGACAAGCAGUGCCGUCGGAACUUUGUCGUGUAUAUCUGCGCAAGAUAGAGCAUCUUUAUUACAAAUUUGAUCCUGACGUUCUGAAGCAGAGAGAGGGUGAGCUACCUCCAGAUGCUGUUACAAGUGUCCAAGUUAUGGAGAAACUGUGUAAGUUCGUGUAUGCCAAGGACUCAACAGACCGUCUUCGUACUCGUGCUAUUUUGUCACACAUUUACCACCAUGCUCUUCAUGAUAACUGGUUCCAAGCUCGAGACCUUAUAUUAAUGUCUCAUCUGCAAGAAACCAUUCAUCAUUCUGAUCCUCCAACACAGAUACUUUACAACCGUACAAUGGCGCACUUAGGACUGUGUGCAUUCAGGCAUGCGAAUAUCAAGGAUGCGCAUAAUUGCCUAGUUGAUUUGAUGAUGACUGGAAAGGUCAAAGAACUUCUUGCCCAAGGUUUGCUACCCCAGCGGCAGCAUGAGAGGAGCAAGGAGCAAGAGAAAAUAGAGAAACAGAGGCAGAUGCCAUUCCAUAUGCAUAUUAAUCUUGAGCUCUUGGAGUGUGUGUAUCUGGUAUCAGCCAUGCUCAUUGAAAUACCAUACAUGGCAGCUCACGAAUUUGAUGCUCGUCGUCGCAUGAUUUCAAAGACGUUUUAUCAACAACUCCGUUCCAGUGAGCGCCAGUCAUUGGUUGGACCACCAGAAUCGAUGAGGGAGCAUGUAGUUGCCGCUUCUAAAGCAAUGAGAAAUGGAAAUUGGCUGGCUUGUAGAAAUUUCAUCAUAAAUGAAAAAAUGAAUGCCAAGGUGUGGGAUCUUUUCUAUCAGGCAGAUAAAGUCCGUACUAUGUUAACAAAGUUGAUAAAGGAAGAAGCCUUGAGAACAUAUUUAUUUACAUAUUCAAAUGUGUAUGAUUCCAUCUCUAUGUGUACACUGGCAGAGAUGUUUGAAUUAGAACAUCCACUUGUACAUUCUGUUAUCAGCAAGAUGAUAAUCAAUGAGGAACUUAUGGCAUCACUUGAUGAUCCUACCCAAACUGUGGUGAUGCAUAGGAGUGAACCCAGCCGUUUACAAUCGCUGGCCCUCCAACUUGCUGAUAAAGUCAGUAACUUUAUCGACUCUAAUGAAAGGAUAUUGGAACUUAAGCAAGGUAAUUUUUACAAUCGAGGAGGCAACCAAGGUGGCUUCAGAGACAGGCAGAAUUUUGGUCGCCAAGGUCAAGACUGGGGUAGACAAAGACGGGAACGUGGAGAUAAUCGAGCAUACUAAUUUGCAGUUUCAUGUGUGUGCGCAUGUGGCACUGUUAUGCUUAUACAUAUUAUAUAGCAGAUCCUUGUUUUAUAGUAUUCACCGUGGUUGUCAGAAUUGUGAGUGUGAUUUGUAAUGUGUGAGUUGAAUAAAAUUAAAUAAUUGAAUGUG